AUGAGAGCAGUGCUCCCAGGCAGGCCAAGGUCUGGGCUCCAAGCUCUUGCAUCGGGCUUUUGGGACUCGAGACACUUCAAUAUAUACAUAACCGGCAGCGCAGUCACCAUCCUUGGUGAUUCCGACACCAUCGUCCAGACCAUCUACGACGACGACCCGAGCCACCUGCAGGCCGUAGCCUUCGACGAAUCCUCGGGGAAGAUUUCCACAUGUACCGACUCCGUCGUGAGAGUUUACAAGCCAUUUGGACAGUCGGAAGAUGCGCUAAAGUGGGGUCUUCAAUCAUCCUUUCCGAUUCCCGAUCUUCAAAAUGCUGCCGGUGGCAUCUCGCUAAGCUGGGGUGGCACCGAAGAGCUCCUCGUAGCCCAUUCCGCUCUCUACCUAUACUUGACCACCGACGAGCCAGCACAACUAUGGAACAAACCUGUCCCGAACCCCCUGAAGCUCGCAGAGCUCUCCUACGACUCGGCAUACAUAGCAUCGGUUGGCCUACAGGAUUGCCUUGUCAAAGUUUGGCGCCGGUUGACGUAUGGAGCCGAGGAUGUGCGCUUCGACCUGGCUUAUUUACGCCACCCGGACGUAGUGAUCAGCCUCCGAUGGCGAAAGCCUUUCCACACUGAGCAAACCGUCGAAAAUGCUCUCUAUACCAUAUGCGUCGAUAAUGUGGUCCGCGUUUGGACUGGCGCAGAUACGCAUUCCUCGGGGCACAUGAAUCUCUGGGGAGCCAUCGACUUGGCCUCGUCUCUCCAGGAACAGAGUCUCAGAUCUGCCAUUGCCGUAGUACCAUCGCUUGCCUUUGUCAUUGACGGGAGAGAGGUCUCAGCUGCCACGGAGCUGACAGUUCAACGUCGUCCAGUUCAGGAAGGGAAGCACGACGCCGCCCUCGAGAACUUGAUAGCCCUGGCAAACAAGAGCCCCGAGCUCUGUGUUGCUUCCGAUAGCACAGGGGACAUGACCAUAUACGCUUUCGAGGACGUCGGUUCUAAACCGAACAAGUCCAAGGCCGCUGUCAAGGUCGCAAAAUUCAAGUCGCAUCUACUUGACUUCCGGCCUGAUCAGUACAUUCAAGUACAGAGUUAUUGCAACCGACAAACCGGGCGGCUGCAUGUGUUAUUCCAUGAUUUUGAUGGCCAGAUUCAAGUCUAUGAAGUAGAUUUAGUGGACUGCCUCGACACCGUUAACAAGGAGGGCCGCCUUGCUCGGCGCUGCAUUUGGUCCGGUCAUUCGGCCCCCAUCAAGAAAAUGGUUAGAAACUUCAGUGGUAGAGCUGUUGUGUCUAGAACAGAGGAGGGGGAAAGCAUUGUCUGGACACAUGCAGAGAACAACAUGACUAGUCUCUUGCGGCAGAGCGUCAUUCCGGGGAGCGCCCACAUUCAUCGCAUUUGCGUCCUACGCAAAGGUCGCUUCGUCAUGUUCCUGGAGCAUAACACCAUCUCUCUAUGGGAUUGUCGGCCACAGAAGGCAAUGCUGUUGGAGCGUCAGCCAUAUGAAAUCUCAGGGAAGCCACUUUGUCUUUUGAUUCUGCCUCGACAAAAGGUGGAGGAAUAUGCCGUUGCACAGGUUGCUACGAUUACCUCGGAGCAGGAAGGACUUGUCUGGGAGGUCAAUUUACCUCGGUACUCUCACCAGCGUGCUAAGGCUCACACCAAUGGUCGGGACGAGACAUCGAUCAGAGAAUUUUGUAGGUUCAAAUUGAGGGACGCUGAAGGAAUCGCGUAUAUGCUACCCGUUGAUCCGGCUGGAUCUGCGCCGGUAACGUCGGGCUUUCUGGACGUCUUUGCCAGGGAUAUUGCCAUAUCCUACACGCAUACCGGCCGAGUGGAUUUCUGGACAGCAAAAGUUGACAAAACGGGAAAUCACGUCGGCUGGCUUUCCACAUCUUCGGCAGAGACAGGUCUUUCCGAGCCGGCUCUCGUUAGCGGCAGCACUCUCAAGAAAGCUGCGCUCGUCGAUUCAAGCAGGUCGCAACUUUCCAUCUGGGACAUUGGCGGCGCUCGGCUCGAGUUCACACAGGAUUACGGUACGCACAAUACCAUUCAGGACCUUGACUGGACGUCAACGCCGGACUCGCAAUCGAUACUUGCUGUAGGCUUUCAGUCCAAGGUAGUCUUGCUCUGCCAGAUGCGGUUUGACUACCUGAACAAGGGACCGGCCUGGGCUGCAGUGCGAGAGAUCAGUAUUCGUGAGUUCACACCUCAUCCAAUAGGCGAUUCCACGUGGUUGGGGGACGGGCAUCUCGUUAUCGGCUCCGGCAAUCAGAUGUUCGUUCAUGGGAGGGAUUACGACCUGUCUAGCUCUCUAAUCAACAGCCUACAACUCCCACACAGGAAGAACGGCGUCUGGGAUAUAUUUGAAGCCGUCCAGAGGUUUAAUGGUCCGCUACCGGUUUUCCAUCCCCAAUUCUUGAGUCAAUGCAUCCUUGCCGGUAAAAGCACUGUAGUGCGGAACGUACUCAUGGCUUUGCAUAAAACGCUCAAGUUCCUCAUUGCCGGCGAAACGGUGGAUGACUAUCUGGGUUUAGACCCGGCAGUCUUUUACAUGGAUGAGGCAUCAGAAACUCAACUGGGCUCUCACUUUAGCUUUCAAGCAUCUAAUGACGAGGCCGACGAAACGUUCGGCGAGGAAACUGCUCAUGCCAUCAACGGACGUUUGACCAAGGUCGGCCUUCGGCAGCUGUCGGGCCAUGAGCAGAUACAACUAGCAGAUAUUGUCGAAUGUGUUGGAGUAGUGGAAAAACAACGCAGGUCACUCGAUGAGAACGGGGCUCGUUUCAUGCUCUUCUUUCGCCAGCAUGGCCUUCGCAAGGGCCGGACGAGCGAGAUCCAGAUGUCCUGGCGAGAGAUCAACUGGGCUUAUCACUCAACCAGCCAAGAUAUCCUCACUGAUUUUGUUACCAAACAGUGUCACGGCACCGUGCGCUGGGAGGAUGCACGAGAGAGCGGUAUGUUCAUGUGGCUUAGUGACCGCAACGCUUUGCGUACGCAAUUUGAGAACGUGGCUCGCAACGAAUACACUAAGAGCGAGAUGAAAAACCCAGUCGAUUGUAGCAUCUACUACUUGGCCCUCAAGAAAAAGACAGUCCUCCAGGGGCUCUGGCGUAUGGCUCACUGGAACAGAGAGCAAGGGGCAACUCAGAAGUUGUUGGCCAACAACUUUGAAGAGCCCAAGUGGCGGACAACAGCUCUGAAAAAUGCUUACGCCCUGCUCAGCAAACGACGGUUUGAAUAUGCGGCAGCGUUCUUUCUGCUCGCUGAUCAUUUGCAGGAUGCUGUCAACGUCUGUUUGAACCAGCUCAAGGACCUCCAACUUGCCGUGGCGAUUGCACGGGUGUAUGAAGGUGACCAGGGUCCGGUACUGAGAAAGCUCUUGGAAGAGGAGGUGCUCGCUGUGGCAGCCAAGGAGGGCAACCGCUGGCUCGCGUCAUGGGCUUUCUGGAUGUUGAACCGUAAGGAUAUGGCGGUUAGGGCUCUCAUUUCCCCUGUUUACACCCUAGUGGAAACGCCGUGUGCCCCUGACAUGAGGUCGAAACUUUUCCUCACGGAUGACCCUGCAUUGGUGGUGCUGUACUCGCAAUUACGACAGAAGACGCUUCAAACACUUCGCGGGGCGUCGAAGGUCACUCCGCGCGUCGAGUGGGAAUUCGUCCUCCACAGCGCCAAGCUCUACGACCGUAUGGGUUGCGAUCUUCUCGGGUUGGACCUAGUUCGCAACUGGGAGUUCCUGAAACCAGUAUUGAGCAUGACUGAUGGCCUAGGUGGCGAGGUCAAUCCGCUGAAGAUGCUGCGCCGACGUAGUUCACUGGUGGUAGCUGACUUGCCCAUGUCGAGUCUUCACGCCGGUAUGAGAUCAGGCGGAUCGGGAAAGCAGUCAACUCCGACGGUUUUCCAAGAACCGGACUCGAGCUCGCUCCUCGAUAGCUUCGGGUUCUAG